AUGGAAAGAAACAAUCAUGUGGACAAAAGACCCAUCAGGAUUGCUUCGAUUUCUGCCUACUCAGGAGAUCGACUUGACGCUCUUGCCACAGUCAUGACCGGUCCGAUCGAAGUCGACGCCGUCGUGGGAGAUUACUUGGCAGAGAUGAAUCUGUCAUGGCGCAAGGCAGAGAUGGAGCACGGCAUCACGAGUGGAGAAGAUCCUAUCUUCGUCAAGACCUUGCAGACCGCGUCGAAACAGCUGGGCGAGAGGCUCAGGGCUGGGACCUUCCCGAAGCUGGUUGUGAAUGCCGGUGCCCUCAACCCGCGUCAAUUGGCACUUAACGUUCAGAAAUUCUUCGUUUCCGAGUUUGGAGACGCUGGAAAAGCACUAAGGAUAGCCUACAUCACUGGCGACAACGUCCUGAGCAUUGUUAGCGACCGCGAAACCCAGAAAACGAUCAACAACCUGAACACAUCGGAAACCCUGAAUGUGUGGCCGUUUGAACCGGUAAUUGCCAACGCAUAUAUAGGCCAGUUUGGCUUCGUGGAGGCGUUGAAGGGCGGAGCGGAUAUCGUUCUCGCUGGCAGGACAACCGACGCUGGUGCCGUCCAAGCCCUCACGACGUGGUAUUACGAUUGGUGCGAACAGGAUUACGACAAUCAUGCCCAUGGCCUUAUUGCAGGCCAUAUAAUUGAGUGUGGCAACUAUGUGACCGGGGGGAACUUCUGCGGCUUCAAAGUCAUAGAGCCGUAUCAUUCACUGGCCUAUCCGAUCGCCGAGAUAUAUAAUGACGGCCACUGCAUCAUUACCAAACAGCCCGGCCAGAACGGGUUGGUGAACAUUGACACUGUCCGAAGUCAGCUGGUGUACGAAAUCCAAGGGCGAUAUUACUAUAACCCGGAUGUGGUUGCAGACCUUUCAGCGCUGAAGGUGAAGCAAGAAGGGCCUGACCGCGUGCAUGUCAGCGGCUUCAAGGGCCUUCCUCCUCCAAAGACCUUAAAGGUCGCCAUUCAAGCGUAUGCCGGUUUCCAGGCUGAAAUGAUCAUUUGGGCCAUGGGGCUGGACAUCGAAGAGAAGGCCAAGUCGGUGGAGGAACAGGUGCGAAGGGAGUUUGUCGCAGAUUCGGGAAAGAUGCAAUUCAGCAAGCUCGAGGUCCAGCUCAUCGGCAAUGGCGCGCCUGACCCAAAGUCCUCUAAUGCUUCUACUGCCGUUAUCCGUGUGUUCGUCCAAGCUAAGGAGAAGGAGCAACUGUCCACAGCAAACUUUCAGUACAAAAUCAUCCAGAAUCUCGGAGCAUCCUUCCCAGGCUUUACGCCGAGCCUGGAGUAUUUACGCACCGCUCAGCCUCGUCCAUACCUAGCGUAUUUUCCGGCUUUGAUCGACCGGUCCAAAGUCGAGAUGGAGGUACACUGGCUUGACUCGGAGGACGUGAAAAUAGUGCACCAUUUUACCGGAACGCUAAGUGACCCGUCCUCAGUCGCGCAGGAGAAUUACGAGCCGCAAAACUCUGUGGACCUGAAGACGUUCGGGCCCACGAUCAAGGUACCGCUGGGACACCAGGUCUUUGCGCGCUCAGGAGACAAAGGCGCAAACAUCAAUGUUGGUCUGUUUCCUCAGGGAGAUUCGCAGGAAGAAUGGGACUGGCUACGAUCUACACUGACGACCAAGAAGCUUCUUGAAUUGCUGGGCGACGAUGCCCCGACCGUGUCGAAGGUGGAAAGAGUAGAGUUUCCCAACAUCAAGAGCGUCCAUUUCGUUCUCUUCGGCAUGCUAGGGGGUGGUGUGACGGACACGUCAAGACCUGACAGCCUUGGAAAGGUAAGGGAGGGUCCCUCCAAGUCCCGAUCCAUGUCCUUCAACUGCUCUUUGGAGCAAUAUGGCUGA